AAUUUAGAUUUUAUUUUUUUUUAUGUCAAAAUUUCAACUUCAUUUAUUCUUAUUGUAUAAAUAGCACGUGUUUUUCAUGAAAUUGAACAGUUCUAUACUACAUGUCUUGGUUAUCUAACAUGAAUGUGACUGCAACACUCAUCUCUGAACAUCAAUGUCUAAACAACUUUUUGAAGACAGCAUUAUUUCUUAAUUUAGAAAAAGAAGGAGUGAAAAAAGGACUGAAGUCAAAUGACUUUACACUUUUGCCUGUUUUAGUGCAAUUUUAUUCCAAUUAUGAAAUUUUCUGAAAACGCGUUUCGAUGGUGGUAAAUGUGAAAUGAGUAAAAGUCGUAAACAAAACAUUUGUUGUGCAAGGAGAGGAUAGAGAGAGAAGAGCAAGUGAUAAACAUGAGUAGAUAUUGAAAGAUUUAUGGACAAUGUGAUCAUUUUAAUACUCUGUGGUCAAUGAUCAGUUCUGUGGUUCAGGGCAAGUAACUGGAGCAAAGCGCUGUAUUGGCGACGUAACAUUAAGAAAAAAAAAGGGCAUAAUACUUCAUGUUUGCAAUAUUACCUGGAAACGAAUAUGAAAACAAAAUCGCGUGGAAAACAACGGCGGUGGGGAAGAGGACUUCGGAAGAUUCUCAAGAUCCGAGUUUUUCCCUCAUAACUUUUAGGAAAAAAGGGCAAAAGCUUUGUCAACUAACUGAUGAUAAAUGUAGUGGAAAUGGGACUUACAUCCGAAAUGGUUAUAUUUAUUCAAGCCUAGCAGGUUUCCUUCAUACAGAAACCACUGAAGAUAAAACAUUGGUGGAAGUAUGCACAACUAAAACAGAAAAUAUUGUGCCAUCAGUUGAUGCACUAGUUACAGCAAAGAUAACUAAUGUGAACCCUCGAUUUUGUAAGUGUUCUAUAAUGAAUGUUGGAAAAAUUAGAUUACGUGAAUCAUUUAGAGGAAUGAUACGGAAAGAAGAUGUGAAAGCUACUGAGAAAGACAAAGUUGAAAUGUAUCAAUGUUUCCGCCCUGGUGAUAUCAUUGUAGCUAAAGUUCUCUCACUGGGAGAUGCACAUUCAUAUCUGUUGACCACAGCUGAAAAUGAACUAGGAGUAGUAGUCGCAACCAGUGAAGCAGGUUAUCCUAUGGUACCCAUCAGCUGGAAGGAAAUGCAGUGUCCACAUACCUUAAUAAAAGAAAAACGUAAAGUAGCCAAAGUUCAGCCCCAAUAUAUACAGAAUCCUGAAUAAACCAUAGAACUUUAUAAAAAUGUUGUUAUCAAAUUA